AUGGCCAGUACUGUCACAAACCUGAACUGGGACACACGUGACUGGCGCAUCUGCGCUUAAAACAAAGCGAGGCUGCGAGGCAAACGGGUGCCGACGCUCAGGAUGUCUCUAUAUCGGAACAGCAUCUGGUUUUUAAAGGGAAUCCACGAAUACACAAGGAAGGGCUAUGAGAACGCUGCUCAGCGCUUUGUGGAGAAGGAUCUGGACGUGUCCGUGGCCGGCCGGUCCUUCAUGAUCACCGGCGCGAACAGCGGGAUCGGGAAAGCCACGGCCAUCGCCAUCGCUAAGAGAGGUGGGGUGAUUCACAUGGUCUGCAGGAAUAAGGACAAGGCGGAGGAGGCCAGGGGCGAAAUCAUCAGGGAGACGUCCAACAAAGAGAUUCAUCUCCAUAUCCUGGACCUAUCGGAGCCUCGAAAAGUUUGGGAAUUUGCUGAAGCUUUUAAGAAAAAAUACAAAUCUCUGAAUGUGCUGGUGAAUAAUGCGGGCAGCAUGGUGACUCAGAGGGAGGUAAACUCUGAUGGUCUGGAAAAGAGCUUUGCUACCAACACUCUGGGGGUGUACAUUCUCACCAAGAGUCUGAUCCCCCUGCUGGAGAAGAGCAGUGAGCCCCGGGUGAUCACAGUGUCCUCUGGAGGAAUGCUGGUGCAGAAGCUCCGCACGGGGAACCUGCAGUCUGAGCGCGGGAGGUUCGACGGCACCAAGGUCUACGCCCAGAACAAGAGGCAGCAGGUGGUGAUGACUGAGCAGUGGUCCAAGGUGCACGACACCGUGCACUUCUCCGCCAUGCACCCCGGCUGGGCCGACACCCCAGCUGUUGCCGCGGUGAGGCCGGAUUUCUACCGCUCGAUGCAGGACAAGCUGCGCAGCGCGGAGCAGGGCGCCGACACCGCGGUGUGGCUCGCCCUGUCCCCGGCCGCCAGAGCCACGCCCAGCGGGCGCUUCUACCAAGAUCGGAGGAUGGUCUCGGCCCACCUGCCCCUUGCCUGGACACACAGCCCUGGGGAGCGGGAGCAGAAGUUCAUGGUGCUGCUGGAGGAGAUGGCCCAAACCUUCCAGCCCCACUGAGCACCGCACAGAACACCUUCAGCUCCGCCGUCUCACCGUUUACAGCUACAGCGCCUGAUUCACCAAAAUAACCACUUAACAGCUUUAGUGACCAAAAUAGUGCUAUAACUGCUCUGAAGCUGUAACUGCUCUGAAGCUUGACUCCCCCUCUAAGCAGGUCUGUGUGCCGUGAAUUUAAAAGGGGUUUGAGAGGCAGAGGGCUACAUGUUCCACUGCCAUACAGCAGCAAGAGUGAUUCGUUGUUAAGACACCGUUGCAUGCUGGGUAAUGAUAACAGCGUAGGACAGUCUUGCAAGACCCCAUAACCCUGCAUCACGGCAGCAACAGGGUUUCCCCAUCGGAAAUGCAGGGGCUGGCAGGACAGGGCAGUUGGAGGAGAGAUGGGCUCCAGAACUGGGCAGGCCUACCUCUGGAACACAGUGGGGUCAACUGGUCUCAUGUCCCCAUUUCUGCGAAACCUAAGCCUAUGGGCACCACCUGGACAGGUCUUACCUGUGGAACCCAGCCCGGGACGAGUCCCCUCUCUGCACUUGCCUCUGGAAACACGAGCUUUAUUAAAUUAACAUUCACUGCAGCUGUUUGGCUCCUGUUUGCCCUAACCUUUGGCAGACCUGAUGCUUUUAUUGACAGCAUCGCCGGAUGUGUGUCUGACUGAUGUGCAAUAAUUUGAAUGAUGUGUAAGUUCAGUGUGUUUAACCACCAAUGUUUCACUAGGACUGCAUUUCCCCUUGUUAUGAGAGUAUCAAAGCCAUGCGUUUCUCUGGGUCAGAACCUCACAUGCGUUUCUCUGGAAAAUUUUAAAAUCCAGAGCUGUCUUUAUCCCUCCCCAUGUCAGAAUUUUUUAUUCUGUGGAUCUCACCUUCCAUGUGGGGAAUCGGUUGAGUUGUCUGUCCUAUGUUGGACUUGUCUGUUCUAUGUUGGACCUGUCUGUCCUAUGUUGGACUUGUCUGUCCUAUGUUGAGCCUCGUUGACUUGUCUGUCCUUCACUAUCUCUGUUCCUGUGGGUCUCCUUCUAUGUCUGGUUCAGCGUUGCCACCCUGCUUUAAACUCCAAGGUUUUGUGGACAGUUCUUCGAAAUGUUUGGUUUGCAUUUUACAGCAGAUGUUUGAACUUAAAUCAUUGAAACAUGGUUUUAUCCACAUCCUGUGCACCUUCAACCUGAGGGCCAAAUCCUCAAUGUGCUGACUGCCAAAUAUAAGAGAAUAAUCAUGUUCUAAAUAACUCUGUAACUGUCCCCUCUAUUAUUAGAUAUUAGUGAUGUGAAUAAAAACAUUUUUGCUCACAAA